AUCAUGCGCGUCCUUCCGCCCUUGUUUCCUGCUUAAAUGUCUACUGCUCCUGCUCUACUUGCUUUCUAUAAAUAGAAGCUAGUCUCAUUCAUCUGCAAGUGUAAACCCUGGCCUUCUCUCUCUCUCCUCUUCCCUCUCUGUUAGAGCAAACCCAAAAAAAAACUUCAUUUUGAGUUCCAGAAAGAAAGAAGAUGGAGGACUCCCUUACCCUUUCUUUGACUCUAAAAGUGAUCUCUACUCUUGCUCUUACGGGAGUGGUUUGCUUCUUGGUUCAUCUCUAUUAUACCAUGUGGUUCAUGUCGGAAAGGCUGAGGAGGAAGCUAUGGGUGCAGGGUAUCAAAGGUCCAUCACCUACAUUUAUAUACGGUAACCUGCCAGAGAUGCAGAAGAUCCAAUUGAAAAGCGUCAGGUCGACUCCUAAUAAUGCUGAAAUUGUUGCGCACGACUAUACUUCUUCUCUCUUCCCAUAUUUCGUGCAGUGGAGAAAGGAAUACGGUCCGAUAUACACGUAUUCAACAGGGACAAGGCAGCACUUAUAUGUGAACCAGCCAGAGCUAGUGAAGGAAAUGAACCAAUGCAUUAGUUUGAAAUUUGGUAAGCCUUCUUAUAUAACUAAGAGACUGGCACCAUUGCUCGGCAAUGGCAUUUUGAGAUCCAAUGGCCUCGUUUGGGCACAGCAGAGGAAAAUCGUUGCACCUGAGUUCUUCACGGACAAGGUCAAGCUGAUGGUGGGGCUAAUGGUGGAGUCGAUACAACCUCUUGUAAGAAAAUGGGAGGACUGCAUUGAGGCACAAAAUGGUCUGAUGGCGGACAUUAGAGUGGAUGAGGAUUUGAGGGGCUUCUCGGCAGAUGUCAUCGCUAGAGCUUGUUUUGGGAGCUCGUAUUCUAAAGGCAAAGAGAUUUUUUCCAAGCUUAGGAAACUUCAAACAGCCAUUUCCAGGCAAAGCUUCCUUAUCGCAGUUCCUGGCUAUGGACUUCUGCCAAUGAAGAAGCAAAAUGAGAUCGUUAGCUUGGAGAGAGAGAUAGAGUCACUAAUUUGGAAAACAGUGAAAGAGCGAGAAAGAAAAUGCGAAGAGGCAUCUUCAUUAGAGAAGGAUUUAUUUCACCACAUACUAGAAGGGGCCAUGAAUGAUCAAAGUCUUGGUAAGGAUUCAUCCAAGGGCUUCAUAGUCGAUAAUUGCAAGAAUAUAUACUUUGCAGGCCAUGAGACUACUGCUGUCGCAGCCUCCUGGUGUCUCAUGCUACUUGCUCUGCAUCCUGACUGGCAAUCUCGUGUACGGACAGAAGUGGCUCAAGUCUGCGGAGACAGCUUUCCAGCUGCAGACUCGGUCUCCCGCCUGAAAACUGUAACCAUGGUGAUUCAAGAAGCUUUGCGUUUAUAUCCACCAGGGGCAUUUGUGUCGAGGGAGGCGCUUGAGGAGAUCCAGCUUGGAAAUGUUACCAUUCCCAAGGGAGUAUGCUUAUGGACUCUGAUACCAACUCUGCAUCGGGACCCUGAGAUUUGGGGUUCAGAUGCAAAUGAAUUCAAGCCAGAGAGGUUCAGUGAUGGCAUUUCUAAAGCUUGCAAGUUUCCUCAAGCCUAUAUUCCAUUUGGAUUGGGUCCUCGCUUGUGCCUGGGCAGAAACUUGGCAAUGGUUCAGUUAAAAAUUGUCCUCUGCCUUAUAAUCUCCAAAUUUACUUUCUCUUUAUCGCCAAAAUAUCGUCAUUGUCCUGCUUACAGAAUGAUUGUGGAGCCUGGGAAUGGCGUACAUAUUCUAAUUCAAAAGAUCUAACAGGGUUGACCAAUUUUAACGGGGUUCUAGUUACAAGGCAGGAGUUUAGUUUAUCUUGUUAUUUGUUUUCUUUAUCGUCCUGUUUGGUACGGCUCUUAAAUCUGGAUCUCUUGAUUGUGUGAAAGCUUAUAAUAUUGCUUCUAUUGUUACACUUUUAUGUUUUUUUUUAUUCAUUAAAUAAAUCUCAACCACCUGAAGCUCUUAACCAGACAACUUAUUUUUUUAGAGAAACCAGUCAUCUAAUAUAAUAAAAAUCAAAGCCAUUGCGACAAAAUUUAAUUUCUGUGUAUGGCUUUAUUUAUUGAUGCCCAGAAAGUCUUCGACCUCUUAGUCCUCAUUAAC